AUGGAGCUCCUGGUCGAUGAGAAUUCGGCUCUCGCCAAGACAAAUCUACGGGCCAUGAUCCUAGACCCCGAGGUGUGGAAGCUCCUCACCCCCGAGCAGGUGGCACAUGUGCAGAAAUACUGGCCCGGCGACUCGUAUAAUGGCGACCUGUCGGCGCUGGCGAGCAAUGACCAUCUCCGCCACGACAUUGCCCAGUACCAAAAGGCGCUUGCCGACGGACAGCACGAUGCCGAGUGGAUCAGGCAGGCCAAGGCGGCCAACACGCUCAGGAACCAACUUUGUGACGAGGAGGCACAACAGGCACAGCAGCAGGCCAAGGCCGAGAUUGGAAACAGCAAUCGCGAGCAGGAGAACCAGGACAAGGUCGAUGAGAUGACCGAGGACGCAGAUGGAAAGCAACCCAAUGACAACAGCAAUGGAGAUCAUCAGAUGAUGGAUGCUUAG